UUAUUAUGUUUAAUCUUAUACUCUCUCUCUUAAGUAUAUUUAUAUACCAUAAUUCUAGGGUUAGGGAUCUUCACACAGCAGCAAACACGGAAUUUGAAUCGAUAAUCAUAAUCAUCAUGAGGAGGUACAAUCUGAGGAGCAGUGAUUCAUCAAGGAACCAAGAAAGCAAUGAUUAUUCAAGAGACGUAAGAACGUAUGUGAGAUACGGAGAGUGUGAGAAGAACCAAGCAGAGCGCAUCGGAGGCCACGCCGUCGACGGUUGCAGAGAGUUCAUGGCUAGCGGAGCUGAAGGAACACCUCAAGCUCUCACUUGUGCCGCUUGUGGCUGCAACAGAAGCUUCCAUAAGCUUGAACUUCGAACGGAGGUUGUUGCCAACCAUGGCCGCCAUGGUCAAAGCUUACAUGGACAGCGCUGAUGAAUUCAUCAUAUCAUAAUGCUUAAAUUACUAUUUGGAAUUUCAAUUUUAUUUAAUGUUUUUUUUAAAUGAUUUAAAAUUUGAGUGAUUCUCAUUUUCACGUGAAAUUGAUAAUUAAAAAUGUUAAAUAAUUUAAUUAAUUUUUUAAUAACUUUUAAUUAUCAAUUUCAACUGAAAAUAUCUGCACGUUAAUUUUUAUCUUAUUUUACUCUUAUAAUUUUA